CCUCCGUUUCUUCCGAUCGGGAAAAUGAAAAGGAUGCGUGACAGAUGACAGGUGACAGACGUGCGCAUUUGACAGGUCGACUAAUAAAUUGCAUGCACCGAUUGUGCAGUAUAUCGAUAUAAGAAUGCAGCUGGCAACUUUCUCCGAAAGUGAAAUCUGUUCGACGAGAAAGUUAAUAACGCAUCGCAAAUAAUUCAAACGCGCCUGCAGAAAAUGCAUUCGCAUGCUUUGGAUAUUUUUGUAAUUCACAUAUAUGGUUGAUGAAGAAUAUAUAUAUAUAUUACAUUAUAUUAUAUUAUUUUUCUCUUUUCUGAAUCUUGGUUAUCUAGACAGUAAAAAUAAGAGAUGUAAACAAGUAGAAAAUAAAUUUUAAGUCCAAAGUUCAAAAGAGAAAACUCUACCUCUGUUUACUAACGAGCAAAACUAGUCUAAUGAAUAUUGUUAAAAGAAUCAAGAAAAAGAUACAUGUACAUUUUUGCGAUGCAUCUUGAUCAUAUUGCUGUUUAAAAAAGGGGUACAAGUGGAGCAAUGCAUGUGCAAAUGCAAUAAUAUGGCGAAUUUAUGUAUCCUAUGUGACGCGAGCAUAUAUGAAAGUCUCAUCGUAAAUGGGAAAAAGGAGCAGGACCAGUAAAAAGUAACCCAUGGAGUCGUCAGUGGGCCAUGGGACACAAACGCGGGUACGAAGUGGCCAAAGAGUCGUUCGUGUUCUCGAUCGUGGAGGACGAGAAUGGAGAAAAGUUAGACGAGAUGUUUGGGGUGAAGCCGAGUUUCCUGAAAGUCGUACCCGGCUAUACCCUACUGCCACCGAAGAUCGUCUUUUACGCGCAAAAGAUACGCGAUUUUACGGUAUACGAGGACGAUAUUUGGAUGAUCUCGUAUCCUCGUACUGGCAGUCAUUGGGCGCAAGAAAUGGCGUGGUGCAUUGGACAUGAUUUCGAUUACGAGAAUGCUCGCACUCUCUUCAUCGUGCGAAGUCCUUUACUCGAAGGUUCGGCUGUCAUGGUCAACGGAAAUUACGACGAAUGGUUUACGAAGCUAGGUGAUUCCAUUGAAAAUAUAACAAAGAUGCCAAGGCCGCGGUAUAUCAAAUCUCAUUUGCCAUGGGCCUUAUUGCCGACACAGCUUCGUGAGAAGAAGCCAAAGAUAAUGUAUGUUGCGAGAAAUCCAAAAGAUACCUGUGUCAGCUUUUAUCAUUACUGCAGAAUAUUCCAUGGUAUGAAGGGAAGCUUCGACGACUUUGCGGAGUUGAUGCUGCAAGAUAGUACCCCGUUGAGCCCGUUUUGGAAUCAUAUUUUACCCUUUUGGAAGAUGAGAGAUCAAGAUAACAUAUUAUUUAUGACAUACGAGGAAAUGAAAAGGGAUCAGAUAGCAGUGAUUAAGAAGACAGCAGAAUUUUUAAGCAAGAACGUGACGGAUGAGCAGAUUGUCGGGUUGUGCGAACAUUUAAAAUUUUCAAAAAUGGCGACGAAUCCAUCGGUGAACUUGGAACUACUGCUGGGAAGCAAGAAGGAGGAAGAGGACGAUCCGGAUAACAAGUUUAUCAGAAAAGGCAAAGUCGGCGACUGGACAAAUUAUAUGUCGGAGGAUCUCGCUCGACGAUUCGACGAAUGGACGGAGAAGAAUUUAUGCGGAACCGGCCUCAAAUUUCAUAUAGAUAAUAUUGCAACUGAUGAAGAAUAAGAAGUAUACUUCAAAUAUAUACAGUGAACACGA